CUGGUUCUGUGCGGGGCUUCCCCCCCCCACACCCCGUGUGGUUCUCACCCUUUGUACCUGCCCCCCCCCGCCUCAGAGACUGGUUCUGUGCGGGGCUUCCCCCCCCCACACCCCGUGUGGUUCUCACCCUUUGUAACUGCCCCCCCCCCCGCCCCAGAGACUGGUUCUGUGCGGGGCUUCCCCCCCCCACACCCCGUGUGGUUCUCACCCUUUGUACCUGCCCCCCAAUAAACCCCCUCUGGACUCAGCUCUGGUGCCUGAAGAUUGGGGGACCCUCCCCCACGUGGUCUGUGGCCCCCUGCCACUGAUGGGGGUGGGGGGAUCGUUUCCCAGCAUUCCUAGGGGCUGGGGGGAGACAUCCCAUAAUUCCUGGGCGCUCUGAAGCAGGCAGCAGGCCCUGCACGUGCUGCUGGGAAAGGCGCCUACGUGUCCCAGCUGCCCUUGCGCGGCCGGACUCCAUUUCCCAUGAGGCCGAGCGGCGGCCAGUCCUUUUCCCGUCGUGCCCCGCGGUCAGGGAUGGCGGGCGCGAGCGGGCUGCGGCUCUCGGCGGCGGAAUUCGAACGGGCGAAGCUGAGUUACCUGGAAACCAUCACCCAGGAGCUGCAGGAGGCGGCCGGGCUGAUGGGGCAGCUGGACCGGAACCUGAGCGCCUGGGCGCGGCGGGCGGGGCAGCCCGAGGCGCUCGCUCAGGUGUGGCAGCGCUUCCAGGCCCAGCUGGCUGCUGUGUGCACCCCCCCGGGCACCCCCCCGGCUUCCCCCCCACGGCCGCGGCCCACCACUGGAGGGAGACCGGAGCCACCGCCGCCCCCCCCAGCAAUAAACGCUGCCCGGUCUGGCCCCGCCUCCCGCUGGUUCCUGCUCGCCCCCCCAGGCGCCAGGCUGGGCAAUAAUCCGUAGCGUUUAUUUAUAUAUAAUAGAAUCAACAUCUGUAAAGAUAAAACUCCACGUCACACGUGGGGGGCGUGCCCCCCCCAGCUCCAGAGGGGAACCAGCCCAGGGAUCCAACUGCCCCCCCACUUUACAGCAGAGGGGAAACUGAGGCAGCGGCUGCCCUGCUUGGUCUCCCCCUCUAACAAUAGAUGCAAAGGGCCCCUCCCUGCUGCAGAGAGAUGAGCUGUACACGGUCCAACGGGGGGGGGGGGGGGGCGCUGAGUGUUCAGCACAGCGCCCUGCGGGUCUCCUCCAGGCUGCAGCGCUAAGUAGUGUCCAGCAGAGGGCAGCCCCUCUCACGUGGCGGAUUCGGCAGGCCGGGCCGUGCGCCCGCUGGCGCCUGGGGAGCUGCCGCUCGCGGGGCCCGGCUGCCAGUCCGACAGGCUCAGCCCAGCUGUCCUCCAACGCAGCCAAAAAACCGGGGCGUCUCCGGGCCCGAGCGUCGGCCGCUUCUCCCUCAGUGGGCGGCGGGGUGGCCUUUGUGAAGGAGAUAAAUGGGGCGCUGGAAGCCUGCGGGAGGACGGGGGCAGCGGGUUAGUACAGGUGCUCCCCCCCCCCAGAUCAGCUAGACUCGUUACAUUGCCAGGGAGCUGCUGAUUGUGACUGUGAGCAACACCCCCACAGCCCUCCAGCUCUGCCUCCCCGCCCCCAGAGGACCUGGGGAAUUGGUCUGCAUCUCCACUAUGAGCCCCACUCGUUACCAGAGACUCGUUAGGAUGGUCUGUGUCAGCUGCUGGCACGCAGAGGUUUAGGGACCCCCGGUGCAUGGGGCUGCAUCCCUGACUGUCCUGGCUAAUAGCCACCCCCGUCUGGCAUGAACUCAGCGAAUUCUUUUUUGACCCACAUUCUACCUUUGGCCUUCGUAACAUCCCCUAGCAAGGGGUUCCGCAGGUUAACAGCACGAUGAGAGGCUGCCUCGGCACAAGCCAAACGUUUCAAGGAGAAGCGUCGAUUCGGGCAGAAUUUGACGGGAACAUUUGCAAACUAGCUGAACUCCAAUGAAGCAUUUUGGUUUUGCCUUUUAUGGCGGGUCUGAUAAAUAUCAAACGUCCUUGUAAUAAUACAAAUAGAUAAGGUGCUGUAUGGUUAUUAGGCCUGACAUUAGAUUGGUCAGCGAAUCUCUUUUCCCAUCUGCACAAACCAACCAAAAACUAUUUCCACGGCUCACUGACGUUUACGGCUGAGCAAAGGAAGGAAAAUCCUGCCGGAGAGUGCAGUGGGCGUAAAAAAAAAAUCCGGUGACUUUGCAAUUAGCCUCAUUACGAAUGCAGUAGCCAAUGCAUGCAAAACGCAGAGUGGAUUUAAGGAUGCUGACAUUGGAUAUUUUGACACAGGGCGUUGACCAGUUGUGUUUCAACUGUUUAUAAAUCUUUAACUUUUGGAAUCAA